AGAAUUUGGUUAUGACAGAUCUAAACUCUUAUAAUUUAAAUGAAUUAGAAGAUAUAUAUCCAUCAUGGCAGUAUUAUUCACAAGACGUCAAGAAUAAAGAAAAAUGGACGCCGAACCCUGAACUUUCAGACUCGUGCCUGAUAUCUCUAUAUUCUAGUAACAUAGUUAAUAAAGGCUCUCAAUCAUGGUGUUCCUUAGAAGAUUCUUGCUACGAAAUGUUGACUGAAGGGAGCAAUUUCGGUUACGCCUUAACUCAUAGGUUGUUGUUAUUACUAGUGGCAGACUUAGGUCGUGGCUGCUCUAUACUCUCUCCAAAACAGGAUAAAGCUCUGAAGUACAAAUACUGUACAAUGGCAUACGCUGAAGUGGAAUACAUCGCAAUGAACAAUUAUGAAAUUGCUGAUUUGAUGAUGGAAAUUAUGUGUCUUUGCUCGCUGGAAGGGCACGCUCGAUUCCUACGUCGUACCUGGCUUCAACAUAUGUUAUACUUCCAAAAACCUAUUGGAUGCUUUGGUACUACAGUUAUUAGUCCAGAAGUGGUGAAAUCAUUUGACGGACGUAGAUUUGGUUUUAAUACAAGAUAUCAGAAUGUAUCACAAGAAGAAUGUAAUAUUCACACAACAGGUGUGGCGUCAGGAAUCUUUUCGGUUGCCAUUAGGUAUAUUAUUCAAGAAUACUAUUAAAGUGAAGUAAAACUAUAUUUAAUAAAAAAUGCCUAGCUAAUUUUGUA